AUGGCAGUUGUUUUGAGGUUUGUUAACAAAAGUGGACAAGUGAAGGAGUGUUUGUUGGGCAUUUACCACAUUGCUGAUACUUGUGCCCAAUCACUCAAUGAUGACAUUGAUGCAAUGUUUUCUACACAUAGGUUGAGCAUAUCUAGUCUGAGAGGUCAAUGUUAUGAUGGAGCAAGUAAUAUGUCAGGUGAGUUCAAUGGCUUAAAAACUUUAAUUUUAAGAGAGAACCCAUGUGCUAUGUAUAUUCAUUGCUUUGCUCACCAGCUUCAGUUGGCAGUUGUUUCUGUGGCACAUAGGAAUGUUAUGCUUAGUGAUUUAUUUAACCUGCUUGCUAUUAUUGUUAAUUUGGUUGGUGCAUCAUGUAAACGUGUAGAUGCUCUUCGAACAAGCUAUCAUGUUGAAAUUCUGGAGAAGCUUAAUAUUGAGGAACUUUCUGGUGGAACUGGUCAGUUUCAAGAAAUGAGUUUGGCACGCCCAGGUGAUACUAGAUGGGGCUCACAUCUAGAGACAGUUACUCGCUUUAUUAGUAUGUUUAAUGCAAUCAUAGAUAACAUGAGAGACAAUGGUUGGGAUACUUUGUUGAGUAAGGUAAUUCAGUUUUGUGUUGAUAGACAUAUUUCAGUGCCCUAUAUGGAUGAUAUUGUAGUAUUGAAAGGUCGACCUAGGCGUGCAAAUUCAAUCUUGCAAGAGUUGAAUGAUCGUUUUCCAGAAACAACUACUGAGCUUUUUACUUGCAUUUCGUGUUUAAAUCCAAGAGAUUCAUUUGCAGCUUUUAAUGUAUGUAAAUUGGUACGACUUGCUCAGUUAUAUCCUAUGGAUUUCAAUAGUGAAGAGCUUUUAUUACUUAGACCUCAACUUGACAAAUUUUUUAUACUCAUGAGAAUGGAUGAAGCUUUCUUCAACCUCAAAAGCAUAUCUUGGGUAGCUCAAAAGUUGGUUGAAACUGGAAGUUCUUGA